GGUGUAACUUGUAUCGUCGCGCGCCCUUUCGCCUUGGCGAAUGUACCUAGGGUGGGUUUAUAUAAGCCAAUGUGGUUGUGAGAAAUACCUGGAUCAGUCAGCGCCAAAUAAAACUGGGAACUACUUCAGGCUCACAUCUCAACGACUCACGACUCGCUGGUCUUGAUUCACAGGCAACGCGACCGCACCAACUUCACCAUGCAUCUCCGAUCGGUUCACAAGGAAUCCAGCAUUCCAGUCCUGCGUCAACUCAUCAGGGAUAACCCUCUCGGAAUCCUGACGACCGCUAUCCGUUCUGAUUCAUACCCCUUGCUUCAAUCAACUCACAUUCCGUUCGUGCUCGAUGUCGAGGAUGAGACGAGCGAAACCGAGCUGGGCCGGCUGCGAGGGCACCUAGCCAGACAGAACCCGCAGAGCAAAGCCAUGAUCGAGUCGCUCACCCGGGCCGACGCCGCCGGGGCGACACAGGUUCUCGAGGAGGAGGUACUGGUGCUGUUUUCGUCUCCGGCCGAACACUACAUCACGCCAAAGUUCUACGUCGAGACGAAGCCCACCACGGGCAAGGUCGUGGGCACCUGGAACUACGCGGCUGCGCAGGUCUAUGGCAAGGCCAAGAUCUACUUCGACUCCAAGGCCGAGGAGACGAUGUCGUUCCUCGCCACGCAGGCCGACGACCUCUCCGACCACUGCGAGACGUCUAUCAUGGGCUACACGGGCGUCGGUGAUAGGCCGCCGCCGUGGAAGGUCUCGGAAGCGCCCGAGCGGUAUGUCGAUCUGCUGAGGAAGAACAUCAUCGGGAUCGAGAUCACGAUUGACCGGUUGGAGGGGAAAUUUAAGAUGAGCCAGGAGAUGAGUAAGGGGGAUAGGGAAGGUGUCAUUCAGGGCCUUUGGAACUUGGAGUCCGACGUGGGCCGGCAGACGUCCAUGCUCGUCCAGCAGCGCAGCGAGUCGAAAGGGACGGGGGCGAAGGAACCUUGAGAUGGUACGGCCCCGAGAAGUGGUAGCCAUGGAUUGGUUGAGGAAUUGAUUAGCAGCGUGGUUAUUGGAUCAGUAGAUUCUACUAUCUUCCCCGUCUUCCCCUACAGGUGCACGAAAUGCCCCAAUAUCGGCCAUAUUCUCGGCGUGUGGCAGGCGGAGAGGGGCGACCCCACUGCAGCCAUGCUUGACAUGUGCAUCGAAGACCGCGUGGCCAUCGCCCGUCAGGUUCCUACAAAUCCUAAGGCUCACGACGUAGAAGCCUCGCCAACUAGGAGCCCCAAGGGAAUCGCCGGAACCUAAAGUGGCGGGCCAACGACGUCUCGGACUCGGCUUUUGGUAGUUAUUUGACGCGAGGGUACAAAUGGACAUGUGAAUUCAAAGGUGUAGACGAGAGUCGGGAGUUGCCUCAGAAUCCCCCAAGAUUUGUAUCAUCACUGCCACUUUGAGAAAAUAAC